CUUGGCGUUAUGCUUGUUGUCUAUAAAAGGGUGCCAAUUUGCUCCUCCGUAUUGGAAUGUAGAUAAUCAUCUCUCUCAACCAUCUUCGUCAUUCUUCCUCUCUAAUCUACCAAAAUCACAAACACGCCCACAAACACACAUAAUGGGUCUCUUUAGUCACCACGAACAUCACAACGGCCCUCAGGGUGGCCCUGGUGGUCACCAAGGAGGAGGCCCUGGCGGCCCCGGCGGCCAUGAAGGCGGUAGCCAUGGCGGUCCUGGUGGCCCUGGUGGUCAACAUGGAGGUGGCCCCGGUGGACCUGGCGGUCAGCAUGGAGGCGGCCCUGGCGGUCCUGGAGGCCAGCAUGGCGGUGGCCCUGGUGGUCCUGGAGGUCAUCAUGGAGGCGGUCCCGGUGGCCCUGGUGGCCACGGUGGGCGGUAAGCGAAUCAAACUUACGACCUCAAAGUAUAUAUUGCAUGGAUGGAUU